AUGCAGAAUGGUACGUAUCUAAGAAACGGACCGGGCCUAUGGAUCGGAGACCACGACUUCCGACAUCUCUUCGACGGCUACUCCACACUAGUCAAGCUAGAGUUCGACGACGGUCGUCUAUUCUCCGGCCACCGUCUCCUUGAAUCCGACGCCUACAAAUCCGCCAAGAAACACAAGAACCUCUCUUACCUUGAAUUCUCCGAGACUCCAAAACCGUCCAGAAGCAACUUCAAGAACCCUUUCUCAGGCGUCGGAGAGAUCGUCAAACUUUUCUCUGGCGAGUCUUUAACGGACAAAGCCAACACGGGAGUGAUCCUGACUCAAAAAGGAUCGAUUCUUGUCGACCAUGAUACGUUAGAGACGAUAGGGAAGUUCAAAUACGACGACCGUUUGUGUGAUCACAUGAUCCACUCGGCGCAUCCGAUCGUGACGGAGACGGAGACGGAGAUGUGGACGUUGAUACCUGAUCUUGUUAAGCCUGGCUACCGGUUCGUGAGGAUGGAGGCGUGGUCGAAUAAAAGGGAGGUUGUGGCUCGGGUUAAGUGUCGGUCCGGGUCGUGGGGACCCGGGUGGGUUCACUCGUUUGGGGUGACGGAAAAUUAUGUUUUGAUACCGGAAAUGCCCUUGAGGUAUUCGGUGAGGGAUCUGCUUAGAGCUGAGCCUACGCCGCUUUACAAGAUCGAUUCUUGUACGUUAGAGACGAUAGGGAAGUUCAAAUACGACGACCGUUUGUGUGAUCACAUGAUCCACUCGGCGCAUCCGAUCGUGACGGAGACGGAGAUGUGGACGUUGAUACCUGAUCUUGUUAAGCCUGACUACCUGGUGAUGAGGAUGGAGGCAGGGUCGAAUAAAAGGGAGGUUAUGGCUCGGGUUAAGUGUCGGUCCGGGUCGUGGGGACCCGGGUGGGUUCACUCGUUUGGGGUGACGGAAAAUUAUGUUUUGAUACCGAAAAUGCCUUUGAGGUAUAAGUGUUCAUGCUUUCUUAAUCAGUCACGAUAA